CAGCUACUGGCUCUGACGGCAGCCAUGUUGAAGGGGCGCACGAAAGCGGCACGGUCGCGAUUGCAUUGCAAGGUGGCGGUCAGCUUUUGUUGCCGCAAAGGCGACAAUCUGCGCGCGCGUCUAUCGUUCCGCGUGUCUCUCGUGCCAACAUCUUAGAAAACAUUGAUGAGGGUGCUGUUCUGAACCCAGGAAACGUGGCACCGACUGGGACGCAACGACGCAAGUCGAUGCAGGACCGGCGGCAGUCGCAAGUCGUCACCGCAGUAUUACCACACAAUACAGUCCAACAACAAUCUUCAGUCAAGAUCCUACGGUGCAACGCAUCGGAAAUCGACGCAGACGCGGGUCGCAACGUGGGCGCCAUUUCGCGCGUGUUCGAACACUUUGGGGAGCAGUCGCGGAGGAUGACUGCAAACAUCAGUGUCCAAAGAAUCACAUUGGAGACGGCCAAGAAAGUAGAAAAAGAGCUCGAUGAGGAACGGAUGUCUCCAGCGGAGCUUCUGCGGAACAUUUUGGCGUCGGAAGAAGAGGAAGAGCGACGGAAAGCGGGAGAGAAUCCAUUAUGCAUUUACCUUUCGGAGUAUGCUUUUGCUUCUGAAUUACUGUGUAACCUCUGAUCUGUGAUCGUCAGCAACAGCUACAUGGAUGUUCCUAAGUUCAGAUAGCGAAUGCAUGAACAUGGUGCUAUACUCGGCCAGUACUCUGUCCCUCUUCUAAAAAGAGUGCCCUCAGGUGGAGGAGUCGCGCAACAGGGAAAAGGAGUGAAUGGAGAACCGAAGUCGCCACGAAGCACAAGGCGUGGCAAGGGUUUAUUUAAGGCUGCGGCCAGCAUUGUUCGCGCCACCGUUGGGAUCCAGGGGAGGCAGCUGAAGAGUAAGAAAAAGCGGAAGGGCCCCGGGGAGGGGCGCGGUGAUGACGGCGUUACAGUGGUUCUGGGAGUGCCCGAUGCAAGAGCCACUGAGGUUCUAGCAUCCGGAGCACUAGAUACCUUCGGUGGCCGUGACUCGUUGGACAUGUCUGCAAAUAGUACCACUGUAGCUUGUGCAGCACCCUUGAGUGGAAAAGGAGGCGGAACGUCAGGGAAUAAUACCAUGGGUUCAUCACUUGCUUCAAGUACGCGGCGACGAUCUUCUUUAGGCGGCAUAAAGAUUCUUACAGAAGACGGCGACGACUCACCUUAAGGCUGAUUGAUACCCGAGAUUUAAAUAUCAUUGUAGGUAGCGCAACUCAACAUCAUGUUUUUUCAGAACACAAUGUUAGUUAACGUUGAGAGCUUCUCUAACCUGUUUCCUCGCGGUCCGGCGCACGUUCUGCAGUGUCAUUCACGUACAGCCGUAGCAAUGCCGGAGCGGGGCAAGCAGGCAGAAGCGGAAACGACGUGCAUCAAGAUAGCUCUGCACCUAGUAGCCUUCUAGCACCAGGUAGCAGUGGCAGCUUCGGAUCGAAUAGCAGCCUGCAAGGUAGUGGGAGCCUCACCGGCAGUGCGCGUGGGAGCUUUGCGGGUGCGCCUCGCAAGAGCAGCAUUUUGGUCACUGGGGAAUCUCGAAAAAAUCGCGAUCGCCGCGAAUCCACUGUCACCUUUGGCGGCCAAGACACUCAAGUUUUCUCAAAACAGGAUACAAUUGCUGAGUAAUUGAAAAAUUGAGGAGCACCAAAUUAUCAUGCUUCUCCGACGUAUAUUCAUUGUGCGGCAAGCAGUGCCGACAACAUCAACACUUUGACACGACACAUCAAUAGCACGAGUAGUCUAGGAGAAGAUGUUGUACAGGCGCGUCUAGAUUAUACACUCACACUAACACAACAAAAGAAAAUGUCAUGUUUCCCCCUGCGGGACCCCUAGUCGCUUUUCAAUUUGAUCAUUUCACAACCUUUCGCUUUCCUGUGCAUGUACGAUUAUCUUAGAAUUGAAAGCAAAUCUGGAAAGAGAGCUUGGUGACAAUAAGAGCUUUCCAGCAUUAUAUCCAGUUAUUUUUCCCAUUCCCAUGGUAGCAUGCAAUGUAUACUAAGCAAGUUGGAUGUGAAUAGGAUACAUAUCAUAGAGCUAUAAAUCGAUCGCUAUUGUAUCGCACGCAUUGAAGUUUUCCUUAUUUCUGAAUCAAGUAGAUAGUGUCGCCUUCUAAUUCCGAAUAGUCUGGUUUAGAACCCGAGAAUGGUGCAUGUGUUUGCUUCUAGUAUUUUUCCCUCCUCCGUUGUUUCCGUUUAUUGUUUCAACAUGCAUGAAGUGACUGCAGGACUUGCUAACCAGAAUUAGUGCGAAGUAAACCUGACAGAAUGAAUGUGCAAUGCCUUUCUGCUCCCUACAACGAUUUGGAAUUCCCUUCAAUUAAACAGUGAC